GGAGAUUGAGAAAAGGAAUAGAGGAGGUGGAGUUUUUUCUGUGGACUGUCGCUAUAAAAGCCUUCUUCAGAAUGCUCCGUAGUACAGCUCGAGAUAAGCUGGCAACCCAUUUUGCCUGUUUUUAUUCUGGGACAUAUGCCUGGAUCACACUGCACAAAGGGUAUUCAGAAGAAUAUCAACUCUUCUACUUCUGCUGCCUCGUCCUUUCCUGCCACUGAGCUCCAGCCCCUGAUGGCAAACGCUGACCUGCCAUCUGAGCAUGACAACUCACAGGAGAACAGGAUGGAGAAGGACCCUGUGCAGCCAGAGCCCACAAAUCCGCAGAGGGCUAGGGCCUGCUUCCUCAAGGGAAUCUCCUACUUCUCUGGAGACAUGAAGGUGUUUGGAAAAUGGAUGGAAAAACAGUUUUUCUUGCUGCAGUUGCUGGACUGGGUUUUGCGUGGAGCUGCUCAGGUGAUGUUCGUCAACAACCCUCUAAGUGGCCUCAUCAUUUUUGCUGGCCUCAUCCUGCAGAACUACUGGUGGGCUCUCAACGGUUUUGUGGGCACACUCUUUGCCACCAUUUCUGCCCUUAUUCUGCAACAGAACAGGGGUGCAAUAGCUGCAGGGCUGUAUGGUUACAAUGGCAUCCUGGUGGGUCUGCUGAUGGCUGUGUUCUCCAAUAAAGGAGACUGGUACUGGUGGCUCCUGCUACCCAACAUCUUCAUGUCCAUGAUGUGCCCAAUUGUGUCCAGUGCCCUGGCAUCUAUUAACAGUCGCUGGGAUCUGCCAGUGUUCACCCUGCCCUUUAACAUCCUGGUGUGUCUCCACAUGGUCGCCACCGGACACUACAACCACAACUUUCCCCAAGUCCUCAUUCAGCCUCGCUCAGAGCUGCCCAACAUCACCUGGGCUGAAAUCGACGUAGCCAAGCUGUUCACGUCAGUGCCUGUGGGAAUAGGCCAGGUCUACGGCUGUGACAAACCUUGGACUGGAGGAAUCUUCAUCAUCUCACUCUUCAUCUCCUCCCCUAUCACUUGCGCUCAUGCUGUCCUGGGAUCUGCUGUUGGCAUGGUUUCAGGCUUGGCUCUGGCAGCGCCUUUUGGAGACAUUUACUUUGGUCUCUGGGGAUACAACUGUGUGUUAGCCUGCAUUGCCAUCGGAGGAAUGUUUUACGCUCUGACCUGGCAGGUGCACCUGCUCGCCAUCACAUGUGCUUUUUUCUGCGCAUACCUCAGCGCAGCCAUUGCCAAUAUCAUGUCCACGUUUGGUCUGCCAGCCUGCACUUGGCCUUUCUGUCUCUCUGCCCUCACUUUCCUCCUUUUGACAACGGGGACCAACAAGAUCUUCAAGCUGCCGCUGGCCAAAGUCACCUACCCUGAGAAAAACUUGGGCUUCUUCUGGAAGUUGAAGAAGCAGGAGAAAAUGGAGAGGGCUAAGAAGGCUGAGAAAGAGGGAAAUGAGCAGCAGAAAGCCAUUGAGGAAAACAUUAUACUGAACGAGAAAGAGCAACUGAGGCUAGAGCAUGAAAGAAUGGAAAAAGGGAUGGCAGAAAGUGAGGCAUCAGAGGAUGAAAAUGACGAGACACAUGUCGAAGACCAUUGGGUCGAACAGCAAGGUACUGGAGAUGAAGAAAUCGGACACAAUGAUCUGACGGAGGUCACUCUUGGUGAUCAUGAUUGAUUGAGACGGAGAGAGCGAAAGAGAGAGAGAGAGAGAGAGAGAGAAUCAUUUGAUGAUUUGAUAACACGUCACACUUAUUUUCUUUGUAAAACUUUGUUUAUAUAUUAAAAGUAUAUAUUUUUAAAUAAAUUAUUGUUCUAUGUAUAGUAUAUUAUCUAUUAUAAUCUAGUCCAUGUUGGUUUAUUCAGUUUUGUCUGAAAGUACUUACUAGUUACUACUAGUACUAGUUAAAUAUGAAAUAAUUACAAAUAAUCUUUGAAAUGUAUCAUCUGUUGGUAUAAUGAGCGAUGCUUCUUGCCUGAAAAACACUAAUAUAUAAUAUAUAAUAUAUCAUUUAGUUAUAUUCUAUGACUUACUUAACAAUAAAUCUUUUUCUUGUUCUGAUAAGGCACAGUCACACAAUACACAUAAAUGGUAUCCUUAGAAAUUAACUGUAAUUGCAAUUUAAUGGGCUGCAUACUGCAUCCAGAAAUAUUGUUUAUUGGCCAUGAACAAACCACACAAGCUUCAUCAGAGAAGAAAUGCAAAGAAUGGUGUGGAGUCUAUGCUGUCAUAUUUUACCUUUGAAGACUAGCAGUUCUAAUAUAAGGAUGUGGUAUGUUCUCAGUUAUAGGUAAGGAUGUGCCUUUACUUUGUUAACUGAGACAAUUAAUCUGUCUGUACUAUAAUUUAUGGCACAGAAUGUUUUGUCUCCAAUGAUUUUACCCCAGCUGUAAUGAUUGGGAAGAGGUAACCAGCAGAGCCAGUUUUUGGCAUGUACCAUGCAGUGGUUUUCAAGCAUAAAGAACUCCCACAGGGGCUGGUGGUACAAAUACUGGGUUUGGGUUGAGUAAGAUAGUUGUAUUGUAGACUAUAGGGUUGUAUAUGGCAAGCCGUUUGAGUAUUAAUUCCAUAUCCUGAUAUCAAAAGUCAGGUUCCUUCACUAGUUAACUAGUAAAAGCCAAACAACUUAAUAGUUCACUAGUUGGCCCGCUCUGGACUUUACUAGUUAACUAGUGCGGUCCAAAAAUGUCUACUAGUUAACUAGUAGGACACAAUGCUAAUGAGUAGGAGUGGAGAGGGGGAUUUGAGGCUUCCUAUUGGCUCUCCAGUU